GCUAAAGUCAGUGGAAGGAACCCAUGGCUGAAAAAUGCGAACUCACUUUCGUGUUUUAGGACUACAAACUGUAGCUUAGGGAUAUGACGAAACCCUCCCACUGACUUCUCCAGCCAGUAGCAAUCAACCCACUGAACUGUAUUGAAUCCAGAGAUUGAAUCACGCAAAAAAUACAGGAAGUCCUCUCUCUCUUCCUGCAUUAGAGGCGGAGCUACCUGAAAAACAUCUGAAACGUCGAAUGGAAAUUGCGUGCCCAUUCAUUUAAAUCGUGGAAACAAGAAGAUAUGUUUUAUCACAUUUCUUUGGAGCAUGAGAUCUUGCUCCACCCACGCUAUUUUGGCCCCAACCUGCUGAACACCGUUAAACAGAAGCUUUUCACAGAGGUGGAGGGAACGUGCACAGGAAAGUAUGGCUUUGUCAUUGCCGUGACAACCAUUGACAACAUAGGGGCAGGGGUCAUCCAGCCAGGCAGGGGGUUCGUCCUUUAUCCUGUCAAGUACAAGGCCAUCGUCUUCCGCCCAUUCAAAGGGGAAGUUGUGGAUGCUGUGGUCACUCAAGUUAACAAGGUUGGACUCUUCACAGAAAUUGGUCCUAUGUCUUGUUUCAUUUCCCGCCAUUCCAUUCCAUCAGAAAUGGAGUUUGACCCAAACUCCAAUCCUCCUUGCUAUAAGACGCUUGAUGAGGACAUUGUAAUCCAGCAGGAUGAUGAAAUCCGCUUGAAGAUCGUGGGAACCCGAGUAGACAAGAAUGACAUUUUUGCUAUUGGGUCUCUUAUGGAUGAUUAUCUGGGUCUGGUCAGCUGAUUUUUUUUUUUUUUUUUGAUAAAGAUGCUGGGAGAUUUAUAUUUUUUAUAAAUCACUCAACACAUGCGUUGAGAAUUUAAGCAGGUUUUUAUGCGUUCCUUCUCAGUAGGUACAAGUACAUGUCUGUGAAGGUUCACCCCCUCCCUCCUACUCACUGGCCAUGUAGUUCAAAGUGUGCACGUCUACAAGUGAGGGCAGGUUUAGUAUUUGAUUUGUUUUUGUGUACAGGUUCAUGUAGGCCAAUGUGUGUCCAGUCCACAUGUGAAGGCAGGUUUACUAUAUGAUUAGCUUUAUACACGUGUCCUUAUGGAUGUUACAAAAUUGACACAGGCAAACACUGAAGCUGUUUCUCAGUGUAUGAGUAGAAUUAGGACUAAGUGCAAGAUCUGAGUGUUUAAAGCAAUAAGUUGGAAUUUGUCAUUGGUCAGUGUUCUAAGGAGUUUGUGGGUCGGGGCUCUCAGGCUGUAUGCCUACAGAGCCAAAAUCAUCCCCCCUCUGCAUUACUAGAUGGACAAUAUCGGCCUCUGUAAGUUUGAUUUAUGGUUUUGUAAUUAUUUUCAAUAAAAAUGUGACCACCACAUGGAAUAAAA